AUGGCUCGGCAGAUUGAACCGAGCCAAGUUGCAGCCAUCUUGCUCUCUUGGCUCGACCUUGAGCUAAUUUCAUGCACUACACUGCAGGGUCUCUGGGCGGGGUAUGGCCACAUUUGCGCUGUUUCCGCUCGAUCAACUGAUGGCGCAGCCUCGCGGUGGCAGCGUUUCUCCAGGGACCGAGGAAAUGGCCAAGGCAGUACAAUCCAUCUCGUUCUGAAGAUAGUUCAUCCGCCCACUGAAACUGGAGAUGAGGGCCACCUCCGAAAGAUAUUUAGUUACGAGGUUGAGCAGUAUUUCUACGAUGAAGUUGCUCCUCGGCUUGCCGACAACAUAGCAGUUGCCCAUUGUUUUGCUUCGACGAGGAGUAUGCAACAAAAAGCCGUUGAACAUGGUAUUGACCAUUUGAUGGUUACUCUUAUGAACGAUCUAAGGCUUGAGUUUCCUAUUGCAGGCGAAAAAAGGGCAGUUCUUUCAAGCAACCAGGUUUAUGCAGCUUUAGCAUGGCUGGCCAAGUUCCAUAGUACCUCAUGGACCUAUCUGCCUCAAAAUCUGAGCGAAUUUCUCUUGCCGCCGCUUGAAGAAGCUUCCAGACGUCAAAUUGAUCCUAAAUCGGGUGGAACGGCCCUAUGGUUGAAUGGUGGAUAUACAUAUUUGGCCACCCGACGACAAGAAUAUCAGUCGCUUGAGCAAGACGAAUUCUCGGAGUGGUCUGAUAUAUUUUGUGCCUCUGUGGAUGGGUCUUCAUCCAUUGCUGAAGAAGUUGCCAACUUUCUGACGCCAUGUGGCAGGCCUUUUGAGACAUACAUCCAUGGUGAUGUGAAGUCGGAAAAUCUUUAUUCAACAGAAUCUGGUGAUGAUGUGGUGUUCUUCGACUUUCAAUAUGCGGGGAUUGGACUAGGCGUUUGCGACCUAGCCAAGCUGUUCACAUGCUCUGUCCCAAUGAGUAUGCUGACGAACCACAAUCCAACCCCAGACAAAUUGAGAAUGAGUGAAUGCGAAAUGGAGCUACUCAAGCACUAUUGGUCUAUCCUGAUGGACAAUCGCCCAAAGAGCAAAAUACCCAUGUAUGAUUGGGACGAUUUCCUUCGCCACUGGGAGACUGCUCUUGUAGACUGGUGUCGAUUCCAAGCCUCAUGGGGAUUCUGGGGAAAUACGGAAUGGCUAGAAGCCAGGGUGAGAUCCAUCACCAAGGAUGAUGGCUGGAGAGAAUGGCUUCGGCGGCAAGCAUAA